AUGGGGCUGAGGAAGCGCCUGCUGGGGUGCUUCGGGGCCGGCGGCGGCGAGCAGGAGCAGGAGUCCGCGGCGGCGGCGGAGCGGCCGGCGGCGGGCAGGCGCCCCGGCGGGAAGCCGACGCUGCGGCGGCUGAGCACGGCGAACCUGCGGUCGCUGUCGCUGCAGGACCUGUCGCGGAAGCUGGAGACCACCAAGCUGCACGCCUUCACGCUGGACGAGCUCAAGGCCGCCACCAAGAACUUCUCCACCUCCAACUUCCUCGGCGAGGGCGGGUUCGGCCCCGUCUACAAGGGAUUCGUCGACGGCCGACUCCGCCCGGGGCUCCAGCCGCAGCACGUCGCCGUCAAGUACCUCGACAGCGACGGCGUCCAGGGCCACCGCGAGUGGCUGGCGGAGGUGGUGUACCUCGGGAUGCUGAGCCAUCCGCAUCUGGUCAAGCUGGUGGGCUUCUGCAACCAGGACGACCACCGGAUGCUGGUGUACGAGUACAUGCCCAGGCAAAGCCUCGAGAACCAUCUGUUCAAGAAUCUCCUCGCGUCGCUGCCAUGGUCGACGCGGCUCAAGAUCGCCGUCGGCGCGGCCAAGGGGCUGGCGUUCCUGCACGAGGCCGAGACGCCCGUCAUCUACCGCGACUUCAAGGCCUCCAAUAUUCUUCUCGACUCGGACUACACGGCGAAGCUGUCCGAUUUUGGGCUGGCGAAGGAGGGGCCGCAGGGGGACGCGACGCACGUGACGACGCGGGUGAUGGGCACGCACGGGUACGCGGCGCCGGAGUACAUCCUGACGGGCCACCUGACGUCGAAGAGCGACGUGUACAGCUUCGGCGUGGUGCUCCUGGAGCUGCUCACGGGCCGGCGCUCCGUCGACAAGCGCCGGGGCCGGCGCGAGCAGAACCUCGUGGACUGGGCCCGGCCCUACCUCCGCCGCGCCGACAGGCUGCACCGCUUCAUGGACCCCAGCCUGGAGAUGCAGUACUCGGCGCGCGCCGCGGAGAAGGCCGCCAAGGUCGCGCACCAGUGCCUGCAGAGCGUGCCCAAGGCCAGGCCCAACAUGCGCGACGUCGUCGACGCGCUCGAGCCGCUGCUGGCGCUCGACGACGACGUGCCUAUGGGACCCUUCGUGUUCACGGUCGGCGCGGCGGAGGCUGCGCCGGCGCCGGCGCCGGCGCAGGUCGUCGAGGCUUGCGCGGACGGUGUCACUGUCACCAACGACGACGAGGCGGAGGCGGAUGCGGGCAGCCGGCAGGGCAAGAGGCACGUCAUGUCGGCCGUGCACGCAGAGAGCCCGCUGCGGAGCCGGUACGCCAGCGCCGUGAAGAGACCAGAGAGCCCGCCGACCCUGAGCAGGGCAUGA